UGCUCCUGUGGUGGCCUAUAUAUACAUCCCGAUCAGAUCAUCGCAAGCGCAGACGUGAAGCAGAACGAAGCGCCUCCCUCCCUCUCCCUCCCUGUCUCGUGCUCUCGGCUACGUACGCAGCAGCUCCCCUGUUUCCUGCUCUGCUUUCACUUGUGUGAGAGAGAAACAUAGAUCGUGUGUUGGCCAUGGUGGGAAUCACGGUGCCCAGCACCAUCGACCCGACCCCUGUGGUGAAAUGCCGGUACGACGCAAAUGCCGUGCCGACGGUGGACCUGUCGGCGCCGGGCGCGGCGGCGGCCGUGGCGGACGCGUGCCGGGGCGUGGGCUUCUUCCGUGCGACCAACCACGGCGUGCCGGCCGCGCUCGCCGACGCGCUGGAGGCCCUCGCCGCGGCCUUCUUCGCGCUGCCGCACGAUGAGAAGCUGGAGCACGCGUCGGCGCGGCCCUUCGGGUACGGCAGCAAGAGCAUCGGCUCGAACGGCGACGUGGGGUGGCUGGAGUACCUCCUCCUCUCCGUCGCCACCGGGUCGGGUUCCUCCACCCUGCCACCGCCGCUCCGGGCUGCGUUGGAGGAGUACACUUGUGCGGUGAGGGAGGUGGGUGGGCGGGUGCUGGAGAUGAUGGCGGUGGGGCUGGGGCUGGACCAGGGCGCGCUUCGCCGGAUGGUGGCGGGGAAGAAGGAUGGAGAAGCGAGCGCCGAGAUGGUGCGUGUGAACCACUACCCGGCGUGCCCCCUGGCGUCGGGGGUGACGGGGUUCGGGGAGCACACGGACCCGCAGAUUAUCUCCGUGCUCCGCUCCAACCGCACCGCCGGCCUCCAGAUCAUGCUCCACGACGGCCGAUGGGUCCCUGUGGCCCCCGACCCGGACUCCCUCUUCGUCAACGUCGGGGAUACACUCCAGGUGCUGACGAACGGGCGGUUCCACAGCGUGAAACACCGGGUGGCGGCGCCUGAAACCGGGAAACAGGCGAGGCUGUCGGUGAUCUACUUCGGCGGGCCGGCGGCGUCGCAGCGGAUCGCGCCGCUGCCGGAGUUGAUGAAGGAUGGGGAGCAGAGCCUGUACAAAGACUUCACCUGGGCCGAGUACAUGAAGGCCGCCUACAAAACUCGCCUCGGCGACAACCGCCUAAGCCCCUUCGAGGUCCACCACUGCAGCAGCAGCAAUGCCGUCCAGCCGCCGCCGCCUCCUCACGUAGCACCAGUUCACUAGUUGGGUAGUUAGCCUUUUCUAUUUCUGUUCUACCUAUCCUGGAGUACAUAUAUAUGUGGUAACUAAAGGUAGUACAAAGUUUUCACUUGGUUGGACAAGCCCAAAAUGCACCGGUACAUGGCACCACCUUCCUAGCCCAAUUUGACAUGGCAACGAAA